GCCGCUCACGCGACCCCUUUUCUCUGCUGCCCACGUGCCUUCAGGUCCGCUUCCCGCGGACUGGCAGUGCCGCGCGGUGCGCGCCCCCGCCUCUGUCCUUCUGUUGUGCGCGCGUGCCUGCGGCUCUAUCUGCCUCAGCUCCAUGCACCAGGCACCGCGUCCAGGGGCCAGCGCGGAGGGGAUUGCACCUGCGCUCCCUAUUGCACAGCCAGGAGCUGGCACUGCCGCCCCCUCCCCGUGUCUGUGCAGUGCAAACAAUGAACCUGCCAGGAGCAGCCUGCCCUGCUGCAUAGAAAGGACCUGGAGACCCUCCUCCUCCAGCAGGGGAGAAGCCAAGAAGACAGGGGUUAAAAUGAAUGAAGAUCUGAAGGUUAAUUUAAGCUGGCUGCCUCAAGAUCAUUUAGAAGCCAGCUCUCCAGAGAAUGCCUCAACUGCAAUCUCGUCCCUGAUUCCUGUCGUAGACCCAGAACCAGAGCUCAUAGUAAACCCCUGGGACAUUGUUUUGUGUACUUCAGGAACCCUUAUCUCCUGUGAAAAUGCCAUUGUGGUCCUUAUCAUUUUCCAAAAUCCUAAUCUUCGUGCCCCCAUGUUCCUUCUGAUAGGCAGCCUGGCACUUGCAGAUCUCUUAGCAGGAAUUGGAUUGAUCAUCAAUUUUAUUUUUGCCUAUCUUCUACAAUCAGAAGCUACAAAACUGGUCACUAUUGGACUGAUUGUUGCCUCUUUCUCUGCAUCUGUCUGCAGCUUGCUGGCUAUUACUGUUGAUCGUUAUCUCUCAUUGUAUUAUGCUUUGACUUAUAAUUCAGAAAGGACUGUCACUUUUACCUAUAUCAUGCUUAUUUUGCUCUGGGGAGCAUCUAUCUGUAUUGGACUGCUGCCUAUAAUGGGCUGGAACUGCCUCAAAGAUGAAUCCACCUGCAGUGUUAUCAGACCGCUCACUAAAAAUAAUGCAGCUAUCCUUUCAGUCUCUUUCUUGCUCAUGUUUGCUCUCAUGCUGCAGCUCUACAUUCAAAUUUGUAAAAUCGUGAUGCGCCAUGCCCAUCAGAUUGCCUUGCAACACCAUUUCCUGGCCACAUCCCAUUAUGUGACCACCCGAAAAGGAGUGUCUACUUUGGCCAUUAUUUUGGGAACCUUUGCUGCUUGUUGGAUUCCUUUUACGCUCUAUUCUUUAAUAGCAGAUUACACUUAUCCUUCAAUAUAUACCUAUGCCACUCUUCUGCCAGCCACCUACAAUUCCAUCAUCAAUCCUGUAAUAUAUGCUUUUAGAAACCAGGAAAUACAAAAAGCAUUUUGGCUCAUCUGCUGUGGCUGUAUCCCCUCUAGCCUGUCUCAAAGAGCAAGAUCACCUAGUGAUGUUUGAUUAGCUAUGAGGACUUUAUUUAGCAUUUUGUUUUUCAGAAAUUCCUGCAACAAUCUUUGGUUAGAUACAUUCCUUAGAUUGUACAUAUCUGAUUCAUAUUCAAGCCACAGGAUUCACUGACCCUUUUGUAAAGAGAAACCCCAUGAACCGAAAUGAACUCAGUGGUUUAAGGAAAAUUUCCAAAAUCAAAAUGAUUAGUGUUCUUUCAAAUUGUAUUGUUGCACAGGUUUUAUGAAAGACUAAACUGAUCAUUCACAUCCACUAUGAUUCUAAGUUAACUUUAUUAGUGAAAAAAGGCAGACUGAAGAGUUAUAGCCUUUUAAAAUAGUUUAUGUGCUUGAGCUCAGUUAUACUGCAUGAUUUUUCUGUUGUCAGAAAUUCUCUCUCUCUUAGCCUUAGUGAAACAGUAAAGAAGACUAUGUCCUUGGUUCUGUUAACAAACUAAAAUGUAUAUCACCAAUUUAAAAUAAUGACCCAAUUACAAUUGAUUCAUUUGGUAUUUAUUGUAAUACUUUCUGGACCAUUAAUUUGCUAAAAUGAAGAAGUACUUGUGCAGGUUUACUAUUUUAUAUCUCAGUAUAAAUUGAUCAUUAUUUUAAAAUGUUACCUAUUUUCUCAUGAGUUCUGGAUAGAUGCUAGAAUAGAAUGUACGUUUCGUCUUUACUACUCCUUUAUUUCUUUUCAAAAAUCAACUAUACAUUUUUUAAAAUAUAGGACAUCAGGGCCUAUUGUAACAUUGAUUUUUAAACAGAAUUCCUCAUUUAAAUUGAUGGGGAGUUCUGCUCAGAAAUCUAUGACACAAUAUGGCCUCUAGGAAUUAUGCAUUGUAAUAGGUGCAGCAUUUUAAGUUUCUUUGACAGAUUAAUAUUUUCAAAAGUGUAUAAGAAAAUAUUUAAUGAAAUAACAUGCUUAAAAUAGUAUAUCUACAGUAAAUGGUUCCCUAAAGUUUGCUAUUGAUACACAAGUGUUAUAUCAUGUUCUCAUUGUUCUGCUCUGGUUUCAGAUUCUGAAGUUUGAAAAUUCUCUGAGCAUGUCAGGUUCAUAAUUGUAUGUAGCCAAAAUGCCUAUGGAACAUAUUUUCUUUUAUUCUAACAAUUUAAUCUUUGAGUCCAUCUCAUGUUAUGAUGCUCAGUACUGUAUGCAUAUCAUUUCACUUCAUUCUAAGAUAAUAUUCCUUGUGUAAAAGGCAAAGCUUCCUUUCAUGAAUGCUUUAAUUUAAGCUGCUUCUGAUCUUUUCCAUGAAGCCACAUUAGAAUCAUUAGAACAAAAAUGUUGUUUUCUAAUAACAAGGUUGUACUGACAUAAGAAAAAGCUUACUGGAAAAAAAACCCUGAUUUUGGAUUUCUUUGUUAAACUUGAGGUAUCUU